AUGGCGAUCAGCGGCAGCCAAGGGGAAACGCAGGGGGUGGUGGUUUUCAUAGGGAGAGGUGGGGCCACCCGUAGCAGUGCCGAGAUGCCACUGCGGGGCGUGGCCCGCAGUGGCGCCGCGGCGUCCCUACAGGGCACGACUCGCAGUGGCGGGUCGCGCCCCGCAGCAGCACCAUCAGCGCCUCUGCGGGGGCUCAGUCCGCCGAGGGGCUUCCGCGUGGAGCUCGGCUCCGCAGGACCCUUGGUAAUACUGGUGGGUCACAGUAUGGCAGGCAUGAGUUUGAGUUUAAUGAUGGAACAAUUCCCAGAGACGAUCAAAGCUGCUGUGUUUUUGACAGCAUUCAUGCCUCUCAGUGGGAGUUCUGCCAUGGAAAUGAUAAGUGAGGUGCAGGCCAGAAUUCAGUCAUGGGGAGACACAGAGUUUGUUAUGGGAGAGAACGGAAUUCCCAUAUCCUUCAAGUUUGGCAAUACUUUCUCAAGGCAAAUCUUGUACCAAAAUUGCCCAACUGAGGAUGUUGCUCUAGGGGAAUUGCUCCGGAGGAAGUUUCCAAUAAUCCAAGGAGAGGUGGCGUUUAGUGAGGAGAGAUAUGGAAGAGUCCCAAGAGUAUAUGUUGUGGCCAAGGAUGAUAAGGCCAUUUGGGAAGAGUUGCAGAGGAAAAUGAUAGCUGGAAAUCCUCCUGAUAGAGUUUAUGAAAUGGAAGGCUCUGAUCACAGUGCAUUCUUUUGCUAUCCUUCUCGUUUGGCUGCGAUCCUGCAUGAGAUUUCAUGCAGCUACCACUGA